AUGAUCGGCUGGUCAGCAUUUAUGUACGUCUCUCAGAAGAUACUACAUCUGAGGAUGUCGAAGGUGAGGAUAUAUUACAGUCACAGAUUAUGUUUGGCGAUUAUCUUCAACAUGCCUUGGAGGGCUAAGGGCGAGUCUGAAGUUGCCGAUGUGACAUUUUCGGAAGCUCAGGAAUCUCUGCUUUUCGACUGGUUUAACUGCAACCCCAUCCACGUUCUCAAGUCGCAAUUUGGAGUCCUCACUGGUACCAAAGUAACGGAAAGUAGUUUCAUGUCGCGCGGUCCUAGAAAGCUGUAUCGACAUGGAAAGCAGCACUUGCAGAUAGACGAUUUUUAUCAGCGUCGGCGGAGGUUCAGAACUGACGUUAAUCCUCACUAUGUGCCCGACCUCAGAGAUAUGCUUGGAUCGAUUCUCUUUAAUCGUCAUCAUCCUCCUAUAAGGAGAAGAGCUGCCGUUGUUGAUCGCCUGGUCCAUGGCAUGGAAUGA